AUGCCAGGCGUUCCCAAGAGUAAAGGAUGUGACGCAUGUCGGAAGUCGAAAAAGAAGUGUGACGAGCUCCAACCAUGCACGCGAUGUGUCAAGCGAGGCGUUGUUUGUCUAGGAAGUGGUCAACAGCGCUACAGGUUUAAGUCCUUGGACAUGACACCAGCAACGAGUCAGAAGAGCAAGUCCGUUGUCCCCACUCAACAGGGGUCUCCGCUCCACAUUUUCCAGGUGCCCAAUGAUACUCUCACAUUGUCAUUCAUCAACACUCUUGAAAUUCGGGACUUGCGCUAUGACAUCUCAUGCUAUGGGCCUUUCCUGAAGGAUUUGCCCCGCAGAUUUGGGUCUAGUCCUGUUCUAGAUGCUGCAGGUACAGCACUGGUGGCUUCGUAUCCCUAUUUCAAAAACGAUGAUAUCCCUCGGCCUGUCCUAGCGCGGUUUGUGAAGGCACUUAAGGUGCUUAGAGAAUGUUUGAGUGAUCCAGCUCAGGCUCACUCUCCUAAUACGCUUUCUGCUAUCUAUCUCAUUUCUAUCUGCCAGGGCUGGAUUGGAAAUCAUGAGAAGCAGCGAACGAGUCAUUCGGAGGCUCUUGUGCAUCUAUUAAAAUUUGUAGACCUAAGCCAAUGUCAAGAAGGGUUUGCAAGACAGCUCAUUGUCACUUUAUGUCCACCUGUGAUUCUGGGAGGCAUACAAGAUCCUAAAAUCCAAAUGCCCAAAUCUUUCUGGGAACAAGUUCUGGCCCUGCUGGAACAAAACCCUCCACCUGCCCAACAUAGUGCAAUCCCACGCCCAAAAACAAACCUCAUGGCACUCUCAAUGUUCCCGGAGUAUAUCCAUUACCCGCAUCGCCAUCUCGCCGGAAUGAACUCCGCAUACACAGUACUCCAAGACGACAAUCACAGAAUGCGGGAAUUUUUGAAUCAUAAACUACUACGAUCACUGCCACAAUUUCAUCAAUCCCGGUACCGAGCUGCUUUUACUGUGAUAUCCGCUUUGGCCCUUUUAUUGAAUACACUUCUCCGAGCAUGCGAUCCCACUGAUAUACUACUGCUGGAAGAAUCGAAAUUUUUCCGUCAGUAUAUUAUUAAGGGUGCCGAGCUGGCAUAUCCUGAUCGUCCUUUUGGAGCGACACAUGUUCAGUUCUGUUUGGUUAUUGCUUUGGCUGAUUGCGCUGAUCAUCCGCAGGAUAUGGCUCGCAUCGAGGCUCUUCUCAUGGACUAUCAGACGGAUUUUAAAGCAACAGGAUGGAUGAACUGUGCUGCGUGGUUAAGAAGGCUUUUCGAGAACCAUCGUUUGUAUGGUGGUCUUGUACCAUUUGACUUGGAUAUAGACACCUCUGAUCUGGGGGUUCCUGGUUGUUGCGCUAUGAUGUGA